CCUGUGUUCUCGGAUGCCAAAGCAAUAAAUUAUUCCCUGAAAACAAACAAAACUUAAGAAAUUAGAUGUUUCUAUCGCAGAUCUACUAAAAUUUUCGUCUCAGGAAGAACCUUACCCUGACAGAAGAAAAAAAAACAAAAAACAAAAACCAUCAUCCUACAUUCUUUUUCAAUUUUUUUGAAUUUAAGAAACUUUUGAGAAGAAAGAACAGAGAAAAUGAACAUAUUCAGAUUAGCAGGGGACAUGACCCACUUAUUUAGUGUUCUUGUUUUGCUUCUCAAGAUCCAUACCAUCAAAUCUUGUGCUGGCAUUUCCUUGAAGACUCAGGAACUUUAUGCUAUUGUCUUCACUACUCGUUACUUGGAUUUAUUCACUACUUACAUUUCUCUCUACAACACAAUCAUGAAGCUAAUAUUCCUGGGGAGUUCUAUCUCAAUUGUAUGGUACAUGCGACAUCACAAGGUGGUUCGUAGAUCUUAUGAUAAGGACCAGGAUACAUUUCGCCAUUAUCUCCUUAUGUUGCCUUGCCUAUUGCUUGCCCUUCUUAUAAAUGAGAAGUUCACCUUUUUGGAGGUCAUGUGGGCAUUUUCCUUAUACUUGGAAGCAGUAGCCAUACUUCCUCAGCUUGUAUUGUUGCAAAGGACUAGAAAUAUUGACAACUUGACGGGACAAUAUGUGUUGCUCCUUGGUGCGUACCGAGCACUCUAUGUUUUGAACUGGAUUUAUCGGUACUUUACUGAAGAGAACUAUGUCCACUGGAUAACUUGGGUUUCAGGGAUUGUCCAGACAUUGCUUUAUGCUGAUUUCUUCUACUAUUACUUCCAAAGUUGGAAGAACAAUGUAAAGCUCCAGUUACCAGCUUGAGACAUGAAUGGUGCAAGUUUGUAAGUAGCAUACAUAGAUAUAAGCUGGUCUGAUUUGAUGACUGGUGCUCAGCAUUCUUUAGGCUGCCCUUUGUUUGGGGUGUUCUUUUUGCAAGCAUGUAAGCAACAUGGUAAAGACCAUAUGCCUUGAUAGAGAUUGUGGUGCAUAUUCUUUAUAUAACAGCUCAACGAUAAGUGUUUGACUGACAUUGUCUUACUGUGGAUACUUUGUGAGGCCAAAAGGUUUUUUCAGGUAAAAAUACAAUGGAAGGGAUUAUAUUAGGAGCCAAA